AUGGAUAUAAUCCUGCUUAAAUCGACGAGCGAGGAUGCUUAUACUCGUGAUUGUGAUCCUUACGUAAAGAUUCUGAAACAAAACAAUAUUCAAGCGGAUCUCGUUGAAACAAUAACUUUUUCUUAUUGUGGCUGCCUGUUUGAACGACUCUGCAAAUGGCGAUCUUCCUUCAGUUGCAUUGUGUUUUGUAGUCCUCGAGCUGUUUCCGCCUUUGCUUCUACUAAUUUGAUCGGUGUUCCAGAAGAUUUAUGUUUUGCCGUUGGACCCGCAACCUCCGAUGCAGCAAGAAAAGUGGGCUUCUUCCCUAAAGGAUCACACACUGGUAAUGCUGAAAAACUGGCGAAUUUCAUUGUUGAAAACCAUCUCGAAGAAUUAUCAAAAAAUCCAGUUCUGCUUCUUGUUGGAUCGAAACACAGUCCCGUCUUGACGACUAAACUUAGGGAGUAUGGACUGUCUGUCGAGGAGGUGGUUGUGUAUAACUCUAUCCCAAACCCAGAGUUUGGUGCCAAUCUCGCAUCUGCAUUAAAGGAGCGAGAAAAUCGUUCCCUAUGUCUAGUCUUCUUUAGCCCCUCGGGUGUAGAAUUAGCUCAAUCGGUACUGAAAAACUUCCUUGAUCUAUCACAUGCAAAUACUCGGAUAGUUGCCAUUGGACCCACUACGGCCACUAGUAUAGAAAAUGCAAAGCUUCCAUUAACUGGAAUUUGUCAAUCUCCGAGUCCCGAAAGUCUGCUGGAAUGUCUGCAGCAACUUCUACCUUGA